UUGCUUGCUUUAGUAUCAGCAGUGGUACCUCUUUCAUUUUCUUUGCAGUUUGGUAGAUGCCUUCUCUUAUACUGAAUCUAACCCUCAUUCCGUGCAUGACAACUUAAGCUUUAAUGGAAAAACAUGACCUUCUGGGAGAUGAGGGGGUGAAGCAUGAAACUUGCACUCAAAGAACACUUGGGCUCAUGCUGCCAUCCACUAUUUAUUAGGCUUUCGUGUGGGUGGAUUGGAGUAGCUUCUGGUGUUUGUAUUUUGCAUCUCGAAGAGGAAGAGGAAGAGGAAGAGGGCAAGAUGUCGAUGUUCACCGGAGGCGGCUUUAUGAGGUUCUCCAUCUUAAUGGCUGGUUUGAUCCUGAUUUGGGCAUCAGGAGCUUGGUCAUGGAGCAAGGAGGGUCACAUUCUAACCUGCCGGAUUGCACAGGAUCUGUUGGAACCCGAGGCGGCAGAGGCUGUCAAGAACCUUCUGCCGGACUAUGUCAAUGGAGAUCUAUCAGCGCUUUGCACAUGGCCUGAUCAGAUCAGGCACUGGUACAAGUACAGGUGGACCAGCUCCCUUCAUUUCAUCGACACCCCAGACAAGGCCUGCAAUUUUGAGUACACCAGGGACUGCCAUGAUCCACGAGGAGCAAUGGAUAUGUGUGUAGCUGGUGCCAUCCGCAACUUCACCAUGCAGCUACUGCACUACAGAGAAGGGACAUCAGAUCGCCGAUAUAACUUGACAGAAGCCUUGCUAUUUUUGUCCCACUUCAUGGGAGAUAUCCAUCAGCCCAUGCAUGUUGGAUUCACAAGCGAUGAAGGCGGGAACACUAUACAGCUUCACUGGUUCAGGCAUAAAUCUAACCUGCAUCAUGUCUGGGACAGGGAGAUAAUCCUUACAGCUCUGGCAGACUUCUAUAGGAAGGACAUGGAUGUCUUCCAAGAAGAACUUCAAAGUAAUUUUACCACUGGGACCCGGUCAGAUGAUGUUUCUUCUUGGGAGGACUGUAAUGAUCUUUUCGCUUGCCCCACUAAAUAUGCUACAGAAAGUAUAAGCAUAGCCUGCAAAUGGGGUUACCAAGGAGUCAAUCAGGGAGACACUCUGGCAGAUGACUACUUCAAUUCAAGGCUUCCGAUCAUCACCAAGCGAAUUGCACAAGGCGGAGUAAGGUUAGCCAUGAUUCUGAAUCGAGUAUUUGGCAAGCACAGUCAAGCAAUUCCAUCACCAACAUGAACAAGAGUUCUCUUUAAGAUUUGCCAAGUUCCAUAAAAUACCAUCCAGACAAUAUGCAGUGUGAUCAUACACCAGUUGUGAAUCGACGUGUAGAUGAUUUAGACUUGUUAUUUUUUUCACAAAUAUGAAAAAUAAAAUUGGUUCCUGUCUUGAAAGAUUAUAGCAAGAAUGGUACAGUUUAUUAUGU